CAGACCAUAGUUAUAAUAAUAAUCAUGCUCAUGGGGCAGCUGCAGAGAGCAUCUCUAUAUUUAAUUGUGCUUCUCUGUUUGGGCUGGGUGUGUGACGCACAUUGGAACUCACAGAGAGGGCCUGCUAGACAACCUGUUUUAUUGAGCUACGAUGAUGUGUCACCAGCUAAACCUGAGUUUAGGGAGCUAGUCCAGACCCCAGUCCAGUACCAAGCCAGGCCCCUGGUCACAGCCCGGCCUCCUGAUCCCCAGUCAGUUGGGAAGGUGGUGCUGACCACUCCAGAGCUUGUCAGGAGUGUGGGGGCCCGUUGUGGGGAGAGCAGGGUGUGGGUGGAGGCCAAACUGGACCUGUUUGGGACGGGCCAGCUAGUGAAGGCGGAGGAUGUCUCCCUGGGAGGGUGUGUCUCCACGGAGUUGGACCUCUCAGCCCAAGUCCUGCUGUUUGAGUCGGAGCUGCACACCUGUGGAAGUGUGCUGACUAUGACAGAGGACUACCUUGUCUAUACCUUCACCCUCAUCUACACCCCAACACCGGAAGGUGCCAGUUCCAUUGUCAGGACCAAUGAUGCUACGGUCUGCAUUGAGUGCCACUAUCUGAGGAGACUCAAUGUGAGCAGCAAUGCCCUGAGGCCCACCUGGCUUCCCUAUGGCGCUACCAAAGUUGCUGAGGACUCCCUGUCCUUCACCCUCGCACUCAUGAAUGAUGACUGGCAGUAUGAGAGAUCGUCUAAUGUCUACUUCCUGGGAGACAUUAUUUAUCUGGCGGCGUCUGUGCAGCAGUAUCACCAUGUGCCCCUGCGUGUGUUUGUGGACAGCUGUGUGGCCACCCUGGUCCCUGAUGACAACUCUGCUCCCAUAUAUGACUUCAUCCAGAACCAUGGGUGUGUAACUGAUGCCCUGCAGACAGGCUCUGUCUCGCAGUUCCUGGUCCGCACUCAGCUGGACAGACUCCACCUCCAGCUGGAGGCCUUCCGCUUCCAGCAGCAGACCAGCCCCAAUAUCUACAUCACCUGUCGCCUGAAGGCCACUGUAGCAACUGCUCCCCUAGACAUGGAGCACAAGGCCUGCUCCUUCGCUUUAGGAUCCAACCGCUGGGUAGGAGCUGAUGGGGAUGAUACGGUGUGUGGCUGCUGUCAGACUUCCUGUGGCCAGAGGAAGGGGAGGAGUCUGCCCUCUGAUACAGAUGUUGAGUGGGAGGAGGAUGCUAUACUGGGGCCCAUCUUCAUCCAGGACACCUAUGUGAAAUGGGACAAGGAAGUACAUGCUGGAGAGCAGCAAGUGCAGGCUGAAGCACAGCACUCUCAUAUGUUGGCUGAGGAUCCAUCUGAAGCGGGUGUCUCUGCAGAGGCAGCCGUGGUGGGAGUGGCGAUUGUGUUGGGCCUGCUCUGUGUGGGCGUCCUGGUAACCGUCCUGUACAGGAGGAACAAGCCCAAUCCCUACUCCUGUGAUUUACCCACAACCUUUUAACUGAAAAUAAUAAUAAACAUGGCAGCAAUGCCUUUUCUCUA